GAAAUGGAUGAUCGAUGCGAGACGGAGCGCUUAUGACGACUCGACGACAGCUGAUGUCAUUUGAAAGUGGAUAGAAACAAGAUCCUGGGAUCUGUAUACAUACCGUAUGUGGGCGAAACAUCAGAUUCUCCUCAGAAGCUUCUUCCCCAUAUCAACGUCAAGCAAGCGCCAGUGGAGCUGCUAGCCGGCCCCUUGAAGCGUCUGAGGCCGUCAGCUGACCCAAGCAGGGACAAUGCAGGCUGUUUCCAGGGCUGUUGCGACGGGGCCGGCGUGCCUGGCAGCCCCUGUGUGCACAUGGAAGCCGCGGGCGUCCGCCUCUUUUGGCCAAGCCGCUGCAUUGCAUUCUGUGCGGGUGUGCGCACCCAAAAGGUUCACCGGGAGGCAAUUGCUAGCUGAGCAGUUUGCUGAGAAGCGAGUUGGAAGAGGUGGAGCCCUGGCAGUGGAGGCAAAAGCAGUGACGGUCCUCGCUCCAGUUGGCGACGGAGCGACUGACCACCUGGACGAAAAGACUGACCCGCCUGGUGAGAUUCGGGUGGACAGCGACUUUGUGGUGGGGCGCACUGACGACCGUGCUGACUACGUGCUGCCUGUAGCAACGGUGUCAGGAGCUCACGCCAAGGUCGAGAAGAAAGGAGACAAGAUCUUCAUCACCGACUUGGAGAGCACAAACGGCACCUACAUUGACAAGAAGAGAAUCAGCUCCAACACGCCCAUUGAGUUGAAAGUGGGCAGCACUGUUGUCUUCGGUGACGAGCACCUGGCUGCCUUCAAGCUGGAGUCUGUUGAAGAGGAGGAGGCGGAGCCAGCAGCGGCGGCUGAGUAGAAAGGCAAAAGCCGAUUACAAGACAGGCUGUGAAUGUAUUCUUAUCCCUACUAUCAGCGGAUGUCACGCCUUCGUUACAGGAUGUUUUUGAACUAUCGUGUGUGUGUGUCGAUAACACUGCCCGAGAGGGCCUUGCUAAGGAGAGUCAAAUAAGAAUGCAACAGCGGGUUGUGUUUGAGAACCUGGAUAUUGCUCUGAUUUUUUUGCCUUGGUAGUUUCGCGUUGUCAACCAGACAAGAGGCAGUCCUGCUAAGCGGUCCCGAUGCUCCUUCUGACUAUCUCGAAUAAGGACUGCUUUCAGAAUGAUUGCAGAUUUUUGACAUUGGGGGUGCGAUUAUGCUUAAGUGACCCCCUUGUUUUUAUUACCCUGGCAUUUAAGUUCGGAUAUGUGACACGCAACCAUUCCGUGUUAACCUCAUGUUCUUUAAAUUUACCUGC